ACAAAGUCGCUUAUUUCUGUGGACACCAUUAUCAGUCUUUGUGUGGGUUCUGGUGGACUUUAGGAAGGAUUAAUUCCGCUUUCCCAAAGAAAAUCAGUAUAAGGUAGGCGCAACCAUGCCUUUCGGUAACACUCACAAUCAGCUGAAGAUGAACUACAUCGCUGAGCAGGAGUAUCCCGACCUCAGCCAGCACAACAACCACAUGGCGAAGGUGCUGACGCUCGAGAUGUACGCAAACCUGCGGGACAAACAGACCCCGAGCGGAUUUACCGUGGAUGACGUCAUUCAAACCGGAGUUGACAACCCAGGUCAUCCUUUCAUCAUGACGGUGGGCUGCGUUGCUGGAGAUGAGGAGACGUAUGAAGUGUUCAAAGAUCUCCUGGACCCCAUCAUUGAGGACCGCCAUGGGGGAUACAAACCCACAGACAAACACAAGACUGACCUGAACCCAGACAACCUCCAGGGUGGAGACGACCUUGACCCCAACUAUGUUCUGAGCUCCAGAGUGCGAACUGGCAGGAGCAUCCGUAGUUUCUGCCUCCCUCCUCACUGCAGCCGUGGGGAGAGACGGGCCAUCGAGGGUCUGUCCGUUGAGGCUUUGGGAGCCCUUGAUGGUGAUCUUAAAGGAAAGUACUAUGCCCUCAAGGACAUGACCGAGGAGGAGCAGCAGCAGCUGAUUGAUGACCACUUCCUAUUUGAUAAGCCUGUGUCCCCACUGCUGCUGGCCUCUGGGAUGGCCCGUGACUGGCCCGAUGGCAGAGGGAUCUGGUGAGUGAACAACAAGACAUUCCUGGUCUGGGUGAAUGAGGAAGACCACCUUCGUGUUAUUUCCAUGCAGAAAGGGGGCAACAUGAAGGAAGUCUUCACUCGCUUCUGCACAGGCCUCACAAAGAUUGAGGAGUUGUUCAAAGAGAAGGGCCAUGAGUUCAUGUGGAACGAGCACUUGGGCUACGUCCUAACCUGCCCCUCCAACCUGGGCACAGGGUUGCGUGGUGGCGUUCAUGUCAAACUUCCUAACCUCAGCAAGCAUGAGAAGUUUAGUGAGAUCCUCAAGCGGCUGAGGCUCCAAAAACGUGGAACAGGUGGAGUUGACACUGCUGCAGUAGGCGGUGUCUUUGACAUCUCCAACGCAGACCGUCUGGGCUUCUCUGAGGUUGAGCUGGUUCAGAUGGUGGUGGAUGGAGUUAAGCUGCUUGUAGAAAUGGAGAAACGCUUGGAGGCAGGCCAGUCGAUCAAUGACCUUAUGCCUGAGCAGAAGUGAACACUUCGUGACUCCUAACUUAACUUCUUCCCUGCCUCCACCAGUCCUCCCUUCCUCCAGUACCAAUAAUCUUAACUACAUCAAGGAACAUGCACUCCACGCAAAUGGUAGUGGCACUAAAGUUAGACGAGUCUUCCAACAGUGUGAAGGAUUUUGUAUCCCAAACGUCCUGCAAUGUUGAAGAUGGAGCUUAACCCCAGAAAUAAAGUCUCUUUGGCCCAUGGA